UAGGCCUUGUCGCUCCUCCGCUCUCUGUUGUUAUUUUUCCCAGGCGGCUAGCCGCUAGCCGCUCGCCAACAAGCAAAACUGUGAUCCAGCAGAAUGAGCAUGAACUGAGAAGUUAAAUCCAAUUGAAGUGAACUCAAUGUGUUGGAAUCAAUCCAGGAUGUUAGGAUGGAGUGUGGCUCAUUUUUGCCAGACAUUCUGGUGUUGGAGAUCUUCCUGCGUCUGCCCCACGAUGCCGUGCUGAGGGCGGGCCUCACCUGUCGCCAGUGGCUGGCCGUCUCCAGGGAUGAGUUUUUAUGGAGGGAGCUGUUCUACUCCUACUACCGCAUCCCCCGCGCCGUACCCCGACACCCAGCGGCCGUGUCGUGGUACAGGGAGUUCAAGCGUCUCUUUGACUGUAUCCCGUGUGUUGAGGUCCAAACGCUGAGGGAGCACAGUGACCAGGUGCUCCAUUUGGCCUUCUCCCACCGGGGCCACCGCUUCUCCUCGUGCUCCAAAGACUGCACUGUCAAGCUUUGGGACACGGAGCGGCACGAUGGCAACAUCUCGCUGGUGCACAGCUCCAGCAUGCGUCAGUUCAACUGGGGCUACACGCAGUUCUCGCAAUUCAACGCCGACGACAGCCUGCUGCUGGUGUCCGGCGUCUACCUGGGCCCGCACCACUCCUCCUCGGGGGAGAUCGCCGUCCUCAGUCUGGAAAACUACACACUGCUGUCGCGGGUGAGGAACAAGCCGUACGACGUGUUCGGCUGCUGGCUCAACGAGACGCACCUGAUCUCGGGCAACCUGCACUGGAUCGGCAACAUGACGUCCUGCUCCGUGCUCUGGCUCAACAAAGCCUUCCAGGAUAUCGAGUCGGAGAACGUCAACGUGGUGAAGCGUCUCUUCAAGAUCCAGAACAUCAACGCCAGCACCAUCCGCACCGUCAUGGUGGCCCACUGCCGCCGUCACGACAACCCCGACCUGCUGCUGGACUAUGACGCUCAGUCUCAGGCCCGCAGGCAGAAAAGCCAACAGCAACAGCAGCAGCACCAACCGCUCUUCUUCGACCUGGGAACGUCCGGCAGCGAGGAGGAAGACGAGGAGGACGCGGCGAGCCCGAGAGACGACAGAUGUCACGGCACGGCCGCCGCCAUCUCGAGCCUGGAGCACUUGAAGCAGAGUUGUAAGAAUAUGGAGCCCAGCCAGGUGGCCAUUGAGAGACAGGUGGCUCAGAUGAUGGGCCGGGUCUACACCAAAGCCCCAGACACAAACCUAAUGGAGACCUCCGAGCCCGGUGAAGGAGAGGACAAGACUUACUUAUUGUUUACCACUGGCAGCCUUACGUACUCUCCUCACCAGAUAGGCAUUAAGAGGAUCAAGCCGGACCAGAUGACCACCUCCGGACCCGUGCUCGGAGAAGAACGCAGCUCCGACGAGUUCUUCGACUCGCUGGACCACGUCAUCGAUAUCCACGGGCACAUCAUUGGGAUGGGCCUCUCUCCGGACAACCGGUACCUGUACGUGAACAGCCGGGCGUGGCCCGCGGGCUGCAUCAUCUCCGACCCCAUGUCUCCGCCCCCCAUCGCCGAGGAGAUCGACCUUCACGUGAUCGACCUGAAGAGUCUGAGGGAGGAGCGGCGCAGUCUUCGCGCCCACCGAGCCUUCACGCCCAACGACGAGUGCUUCUUCAUCUUUCUGGACGUCAGCAGAGACUUUGUUGCCAGCGGCGCUGAAGACAAGCACGGCUACAUCUGGGACCGCCACUACAACAUCUGCCUGGCGCGGCUGGCCCACGACGACGUGGUCAACUCUGUGGCGUUCAGCCCCGCCGAUCAGGAGCUGCUGCUGUCGGCCAGCGACGACGCCACCGUCAAGGUGUGGCGCUCCCCCCGCGCCGUACGCCUGGCGUGGGACGCCACCCGGCACACCCGGACCCACCGCCGCCCUGGCCUCUUGGCCUCCUGGCUCAAUCGCAGCAGGGGCCUCAACGGCAAGCCGUGACGGACGCCGCGUCAACACUGGGGGGGCGCCGUUUCCUAAGCGUGCAAGCAGACUGUUGAUAGCUUCGCUGUGAACAACUGUCACAAGACAUUUUUAACAGAAGACAAACAUUUUUUUUAACUUUUAUUCUUUGUUUCUUUUGAACAUCGCAUCCUUACGGACACAGACAUAACACUGGGGAAAUUGUUUUUAAUUGGGGCCACAUUAUAGAUAUAACAAACACAAAAGAUGGUCAUUUGUGGCCGCAAAGUACAAAUUUCUGACCACGUAAUAGAAUUUUGUGUGCUCGAAGUACUCAUUAGAGGCCAUCAAAUAGUAAUUUGAGCUCACAGUAUACAUGUACCAUGCACACAAAAUACUACUAUACGGCCACAAACUACGUAUAAUGUGCGCACAAAGUAUUAACUUGUGGUAACAAAAUAAUAAAUUGUGGUCACAAUAUAGAUAUAAUGUGGACACAAAAUAGAAAUUUGUGGCCAUGAAAUACAUGGGUAUAACGUAUGACCAUAAUAUGAACGUGUGGUCAUAAAAUACUAAUUUGUGGCCACAAAGUCGGUAUACCGUACACACGAAAUACCAAUUUGUUGCCCCGAAAUAAAUAGAAUGAAGAAUUUUCUUCCCAUGUCAUAUUUGGGGCCACGUAGCCCAGAGAGAAUUUUAACAAAAAAUAAGUUACAUUUUAGGUGGCACGGUGCAGACUUGUUAGCACAUCUGCCUCACAGUUCUGAGGACCGGGGGUUCAAAUCCCGGCCCCACCCGUGUGGAGUUUGCAUGUUCUCCCCGUGCCUGCGUGGGUUUUCGCCGGGCACUCCGGUUUCCUCCCACAUCCCCAAAACAUGCAUGGUAGGUUAAUUGGAAACUCUAAAUUGCCCUUAGGUGUGAAUGUGUGCACGAAUGGUUGGUUGUUUCUAUGUGCCCUGCGAUAGGCUGGCAACCAGUUCAGGGUGUACCCCGCCUUUCGCCUGAAGAUGGCUGGGAUAGGCUCCAGCAUGCCCGCAACCCUUGUGAGGAUAAAGCGGUACAGAAAAUGGAUGGAUGGAAGGUACGUUUUAUGUUGUUUGAACAUAAUAUCUCACAUUUUUGUGAUUUAUUUUUAAAAAAUGUGGGAAUGGCUGAGAGAAAAUUAAUCAUAUUGGGCCUGUCGUGUGUAGAAAAAGGGUAUUUGUUCCAUCUUCUUUUUCCGUAAUAUAGCAUGUAAUCCUCGGAGGAUGUUAGAAAAUGAACCCUCGAUGUCAUUUGUUAUUAACAGACAUGUUUCAAUAUAGAAUACAUCAGGUAAAUAUACUAUAUUGGGGGAAAAAAAAUAAGUGCAGAGGGACUUUCCCUAUAGAAACACUUGCAAGACAUCAUUAGGCACGCCUGCACCAUUUUGCCCCUCUCGUGUAGCCACAAUUUGAGAAACAAAAGUCAGGACAUUGUUCAAAUGUGACAAUGUCAGUCAAUGCUCCUGUUAAAAUUGCGCAGGUGUACCUAAUGCUGUGUCCAGUGGGUGGACAAUAGACCCUAAUUUGGUCAAAAGAUUCUCCUUUUUUUGUCUUUAAAAAACAUAAAGGUUUCCAUCCCUUGGUUGAAUGUAUGAUCAUUUUUUUGUUCCCUUGUUAAGUCCUUUUAGGAUUAUGCAGAUUUUGUUUCUUUGUUUUUACACAUAUUGACAUAUCCAAAAAUAAAUAUUGUAUGUAUUGAACAGCA